CACCGAUGCACUCAAUGGUGGCUUCAACAGUAAGAAAGGGGGAAACAAGAUCAGCUGUGCGGGGUUGUUCAGCUCAGCUGUGUUAUGUACUUUUUGAAGUUUCUGCAGAACCUUUAGAGGAGAAAAAACGAAACUAAACAGCUAAGCUAGAAGAUGAAGGUUCACGAGACGAGGUCUCAAGCUCACGCACCAAUGGACGAGGACAACAAGGUGAUGACUCGGAAGCAGAAGGCCGAGCACAGGGCCCAUGAGGCAGAGCAGUCGCAGUCCCCUAAGAAGCCGAAGCCCGAGCACGACAACGGCCAAGCCAAUGGCAAGUCCGCCGAGGAAGUUGCCCGAGAGUUCGAGGACCUCCGUAAGGCCACGGAAGAGAACCUGUCUAUUGACCAUAUGAAAGAGACCCCUGAAGCCAACGGCCAGGAUUCCUCUGGCUCUGAUGGAACCGUCAUCGCAAAGUGUCAAGAUUUGCUGUUCUACGGGCCUUUGGACAAAUGCCCCGUAUGCAACGGGCCUUUAGAGUUCACUGGAAGACGCUUCACGUGCAAGGGAUCGUACAGCGAGUGGGCAACUUGCACAUUCACCACCACCACGCCUCCUAGAAGGGAGGAACCCAUCAAAUUGCCAAGCUCAGUCCUGAACUCCCCUGCAGCUGAAUUUCUGAAGAAGUACCAGGACCCCGGACGUAGGCCCUGUAGGGACCUGGGUAUUGCAGAUAAAUCUUUUCUGGGAAUGGUUAUAUCCCUUUCAGGCCGGCUUUCUCGUACCCAUCAAUACUGGAAGUCUAAGAUUGAAAAGCACGGGGGCAAAGUCUCCAACUCCGUGAUUGGGGUCACAUGUCUGGUUAUUUUGCCUGCUGAGCGGGACCGAGGCGGGUCAUCUAAAGUUGCAGAAGCAGUAGAAAGAGGCAUCCCCGUGGUACGGGAAACUUGGUUGCUUGACAGCAUUGAGAAACAAGAGGCGCAACCUAUGCAGGCUUAUGAUGUCCUGUCCGAUCUCGCGGUGGAAGGUCGUGGCAUUCCAUGGGAUAAGCAAGAUCCCAGUGAGGAAGCUCUUGAAUCGAUCUCGGCAGAGCUGAAAAUGUUUGGGAAGAGGUCGGUGUACAAGGACACGAGGCUAAAAGAACAGGGUGGGAAGAUUUUUGAGAAAGACGGGCUAUUGUACAAUUGCGCAUUUUCCCUCUCUGACAUGGGGCGAGGACUCAACACCUACUGCAUAAUGCAACUGAUAACAGUUCCGGAAGGACAACUGAAUCUCUACUACAAGAGAGGGAAAGUGGGGGAUGACCCAAAUGCAGAGGAGAGGCUUGAAGAGUGGGAAGAUGAAGGGAAUGCAGUGAAGGAGUUUGCUAGGCUCUUCGAGGAGAUAACCGGCAACGAGUUUGAGCCAUGGGAGAGGGAGAAGAAGUUUCAAAAGAAGUUGCUAAAAUUUUAUCCCAUCGACAUGGAUGAUGGUGUUGAUGUGAGAUAUGGAGGGCUUGGUAUUCGGCAGCUCGGAGCUGCAGCAGCACACAGCAAGCUUGAGCCAAUGGUAGCAAAUUUCAUGAAAGUGCUGUGUAGCCAGGAAAUCUACAGGUACGCCCUGAUGGAGAUGGGUUAUGAUUCUCCUGAUCUUCCUACGGGAAUGCUUACCAAUCUUCACUUACAAAGAUGUGAAGAGUUGCUCGAAGAAUUCAUCGAGAAGGUGAAAUCGGCAAAGGAGACUGGGCAGAAAGCAGAAGCCAUUUGGUCUGACUAUAGUCAGAGGUGGUUCACCUUGAUGCACUCCACUAGGCCAUUUAUCUUCAGGGACUACCAAGAAAUUGCGGAUCAUGCUGCUGCUCCACUGGAGUCUGUCCGGGACAUCACCGUGGCAUCCCAUCUGAUUGGUGACCUCACAGGGGCCACGAUUGAUGACCCUUUGUCCGAUCGCUAUAAGAAGUUGGGCUGCAAGGUUUCUCCAGUUGAUAAAGAUUCCGAUGAUUAUAAGAUGAUUGUGAACUACUUGGAGAAGACGUAUGAACCUGUCAAAGUCGGAGAUAUAAGCUAUGGUGCGUCGGUGGAGAACAUAUUUGCUGUGGAGUCGAGUGCUGCCCCUUCUUAUGAGGAGAUAAAGAAGCUACCCAACAAGGUUCUUUUGUGGUGUGGCACUCGGAGCUCGAACUUGUUGAGGCAUCUGCAGAAGGGAUUCUUGCCUGCCAUUUGCUCCCUUCCUGUACCAGGGUAUAUGUUUGGAAAGGCGAUUGUAUGCUCUGAUGCUGCUGCUGAAGCUGCAAGGCAUGGCUUCACAGCCGUCGACAGGCCAGAAGGCUUUCUGGUGCUUGCAAUAGCAUCGCUCGGAGACGAGAUAAUGGAGCUCAAGAGCCCACCUGAGGACACGAAGUCCUUGGAGGAGAGGAAAGUCGGAGUAAAAGGGCUCGGGAGGAAGAAAACGGACGAGUCUGAACACUUCAUCUGGAAGGAUGAUGUCAAAGUUCCCUGCGGUCGGCUAGUGCCCUCCGAGCACAAAGAUAGCCCCCUCGAGUUCAACGAGUACGCAGUCUAUGACCCAAAACGGACCAGCAUAAGGUUCUUGGUUGGAGUGAAGUACGAGGAGCAAGGUGUGGUGAUGGAAGAUGAGGAAUACCAAGGCCCGGAAGGAGGAGCUUGAAGCCCCGAAGCUCCGGGCGGAUGGAAAAUGGCUGUUUUCUGAGAAUUUUGGGUGGAAUAUCGUUGUUUUUUGUGUAGCUCGUUCGUGUUUACGACUGCUGUAAAGUAAAGGGAGGACGGUGACGGCUUUUGCUCUGUACAUAAUCAUCAGUAACCCAACCCUUGUGGUUUUAGGAUGGCUGUAAAUGACUGCAAUGUGCAUCAAUGGAACAGCAAAGAGAAAUGUUUCUGUUUCA